AUGUCCGUCACCAUCUGCCAGUCCAUGGGCUUCGUGGUGUCAGCCCUGGGCAUCGGGGGCAUCAUUGCAUCAACCUGUAUGGACCAGUGGAGCACCCAGGACCUGUACAACAACCCAGUGACCGCCGUGUUCAACUACCAGGGCCUGUGGCGCACCUGCGUCCGCGAGAGCUCCGGCUUCACGGAAUGCCGCGGGUACUUCACCAUCCUGGGGCUGCCAGCCAUGUUCCAGGCAGUGAGGGCCCUCAUGGUUGUGGGCAUCGUCCUGGGCAUCCUUGGCCUCCUUGUGUGUGUCUUUGCCCUGAAAUGCAUCCGCAUUGGGACUAUGGAGGACUCUGCAAAAGCCAACAUGACUCUGACCUCUGGCAUCAUGUUCAUCGUUGCUGGCCUGUGUGCCAUCACCGGUGUGUCCGUGUUUGCCAACAUGCUGGUCACAAACUUCUGGAUGUCCACCACCAACAUGUACCAGGGCAUGCAGAACGUCCAGAACAGGUACACCUUUGGCUCAGCCCUCUUCGUCGGAUGGGUGGCCGGUGGCCUGGCCCUCGUGGGAGGCAUCAUGAUGUGCCUGGCUUGCAGAGGGCUCAUUCCAGAGGAGUCCCGUUACAAAGCCGUGUCGUACAAUGCCUCAGGACGGAACAUCUCCUACCGAACGGGGCCCUACAAGGGGUAUGAGCCUGACACAAAGGCCAGGAAGGGCCCAGGGUAUGAAGAAGCUCCUCGGAGUGAGGAUGGAAGACGCUCCUACCCUUCCAAAUAUGACUAUGUCUAGCAGACCUUCUGGGGUCAGCUUCUGCUCCCUUGUGUAUUUUUAACCUCAGAAGCAAAAAGUGCAGCAACCAAAGCAGUCUGUAAACAGGAUUGUGCUUUCUGUCGUGUUUUCUACUCUGAGGUUGCACCCUGGUUUGUUGUGGACAUCAGUGUUAUGUGACUGCCUGCCACGAGGAGGUCUACAACAAAAUAACGCCUUUUGGUGCUCUCAGAGUAGAACAUUUUGCUCCUGUUUUAUGUAUAAACUGAUGUCCAGGAGUGGUGCCUUGUGCCCUUUGCCAAUUAUUCAGACAGAGAAA